AUGACGAACCUUGCAAACACCAUGAAAGCUAACGCUGUUGCGACUCUGCAAGCUGUGCAGAGGUUAGGCCAACCGGCCAGAAAUGAAAAUGGGAAUGGCAAAGGAAAUGCGGAUGACAAUGCUGAAGUGAGCGGAGACAACAUGGGAAGUGCUCCGAUGACCUUGGCGACUUUUCUCAAGGUUCAUCCGCCAAGUUUCAGAGGUUCAACAAAUCCCACAGAAGCAGACAACUGGUUCCAAGCUAUGGAGUGCGCGCUGCAGGCACAGCAUGUCCCGCACAAUCAAUACGUAGAGUUUGCUGCUUAUCAGCUUCGGGAAGAGGCCCAGCAUUGGUGGCAAGUAGAGUGUCGCUUGUUACAACUUCAAAACGCCGACGUUCCUUGGGAUGUGUUCCAAACGGCCUUCUACAAGAAGUAUUUUCCUGAGUCUGCAAGGGAAGCAAUGGAGAUAAAACUUAUGCAGCUGAAGCAAGGUUUCUUGUCUGUGGCAGAUUAUACGAGCAAGUUUGAGGAAUUCUGCAGGUUCUCUAGGGUGUGUCAGGGUGCCCAGAGGCCUAUAAAAGUUGGAAGUGUGUCAAAUAUCAAAGUGGUUUGA